AGACUUGACAAUUUUUGUUUUUUCUUUCCCUUACAGUGCAGUCAUUUAUUUGGGUUUUUUUUCCUCCAGGCUGUGAUCAGAAAUAUUGAGCGAGAACUCGUAUGUCCUUCCUGCAAGGAGCUGUACACCCAUCCCUUGAUUUUACCAUGUCAGCACAGCAUCUGUCACAAGUGUGUGAAGGAGCUUCUCUUCCUCACUAUGGAAGAUUCCACCGAUGUCAGUUCAGAAGUGUCCUCACCAGGAAGUCCACGUAUUCGGAUACAAUCCCCUAGUGUGGAAAGGCUUGACCGAAUUCUCAGAUCAGGUUCUAAACGCAAUUCACUGACUCCCAAGAUCACAACUUUAUCAUGUCCUGGAUGUUUACACGAUGUGGACCUUGGAGAGCGCGGGAUCCAUGGGCUCUUUAGGAACUUUACCUUGGAGACUAUUGUAGAACGCUAUCGCCAGGCAGCUCGUGCUGCCACUGCGAUCAUGUGUGACCUUUGUAAACCUCCAGUUCAAGAGUCCACUAAAAGCUGCCUGGAUUGCAGCGCUAGCUAUUGUAAUGAGUGCUUUAAAAUUCACCAUCCCUGGGGAACGGUCAAAGCUCAGCAUGAAUAUGUUGGACCUACAACAAACUUCAGACCAAAGGUGCUGAUGUGCCCAGAACAUGAGUCAGAAAAGGUGAACAUGUACUGUGAGAUCUGCAGGAGGCCAGUGUGUCACUUGUGUAAACUUGCUGGAGCACAUGCUAACCACAGAGUGACCACAAUGAGUAAUGCCUACAAAACACUGAAGGAAAAACUUACAAAAGGCAUCAGCUAUCUUAUCAGCAAAGAAAGCCAAGUUAAGACCCAAAUUUCUGAACUUCAAAUCUUGAUAAAGCGCACAGAGGACAAUGGAGAACACGCUAUAGAGGAAGCAACAUACAACUUUGAAAAGCUAUAUAAUAUUUUAGAAGAGCGGAAAACAUUUGUGCUGAAAUCUAUCCAGGAUUCCCAGUCUGCUCGACUAGAAAAGUUGCAGAACCAAAUGGAAGAAUACCAGGGUCUACUGGAGAAUAAUGGGCUUGUGGGCUACGCACAAGAAGUCUUAAAAGAAACGGAUCACUCUUGUUUUGUUCAGACUGCAAAACAGCUGUACACCAGGAUUCAGAAGGCGACAGAAUCCCUGAAAACGUUUCACCCAGCUGCAGAUUCCUGCUUUGAAGAUUAUUUUGUUGAUGUUUCCAAGGAAGAAAAUAUGCUAAGUGACUUGUCGUUUUCUAAAGCAGUGCUGGAUAUGCCUGAAAUUGAUGAAAAAGAAAGCAAGAUCUAUAACGGUGCUAAAAUUUGCUGGAACCAGCCUAAUGACUCGGGUCUUGCAGACAGUUAUCUUCUUGAAUACAGAAAGGUUGACAAAAACGAAGAUCCAAUGUGGAAUGAAGUGGAAACAACCAGUACCAACAAAGUCCUUUCUGAUCUGGAUUUGAACAGUUCCUACUGCUUUAGAGUCCAGGGACUCAAAGGGUCUGUGUGUAGUCCUCGCAGCAAGGAGGUAAUCCUAAGGACACCACCUGCACCAGUGUUUAGUUUCUUCUUUGAUGAUAAGUGUGGGUACAACAAAGAACAUCUCCUACUAAAUGACAGAAGGGACACCGUGGAAAGCAUAGCUGGCCUUCCCCUGCUACUGGGAGCAGAGCGAGUACAAGUGGGCUGCUAUAUGUGCCUGGAUUAUAUCAUUGCUGAUGUUGGCAUCACUAAGGGGAAGUACUUCUGGGCCUUCUCUGUAGAGCCUUAUUCAUACAUGGUCAAAGUUGGAGUUGCAUCGGACAUCAAAUUGCAAGAAUGGCUGCACAAUCCUCGUGAUAUCAGCAGCCCAAGGUAUGAUCAAGACAGUGGCCAUGACAGUGGCAGUGAAGAUGUUGCUUUUGAUGCAUCUCAACCAUUUACUUUGGCAACUAUAGGAAUGAAGAAGUUUGUUAUCCCAAAGGCCCUUAAUGUUUCAACGGCUUAUAAUGAACGCACCAUACCCCUUCCUAGCCGAAUUGGGGUUUGCUUGGACUAUGAUAAAGGAAAAGUUGGCUUUUAUGAUGCAGACACCAUGACAUGCCUUUAUGAGCGGGACGUUGACUGCAUUGGAACAAUGUAUCCUGCUUUUGCCUUGAUGGGAGGUGGAGUCAUUCGUUUGGAGGAGGUCAUCCCUGCAAAGCAACUGGACUAUUCUCAAGAAAUGUAG